AUAGGAUAACACUAAAACUGAAGAAUCGGAUGACUUUGAUUUUUUUGGAAAAAGAGAAGAACCUAGAAGACCUUCAGACACUACUUCAAACCGACAGCAAACUAACAAGAAAAAAUGGGAUUGGAGCGAAAUGGAGGAUAACACAAAAACUGAAGAGUGGGAUGACUCUGAACUUCUAGAACAAAAAUCAGAACCCAGAAGAGCCUCAGAAACUAUCUCGAACCAACCGCACACUAACAAGAAAAAAUGUGAUUGGAACAAAACUGAGCAAAGCAACAAUAAUAAAAACUAUGAAGACUCUGAUCUGGAAGACGAUUAUACUGAAGGCCCCUCAAAAGGUGGUACUCAGUGCGCGGGUACAAUAAAAAUGGAAACGCCAGUCCAGCAACGCAGAAAGAGGAGCUUUUGGAAUAGUAGGGCAGAAGCUUGCUUUGUGGAAUUGUGGGGGGAAAAGGUAGAUGAGUUGCGCGGUGCUCGCAAAAAUACGCACGUCUACCAAGAAAUGUCCUCCGAGCUAGCAAAGCAAGGGUGUUUCCUAUCUGCCCAAGAUGUGAAGUACAAGAUAGCCAACCUAACUGCUAAAUACAGAAAAUGCAAGGAGGCGAUUGCACCCUCAGGAGGGUCACCGGCGUCGUGGAAUUUGUACGAGGCUGUUCAUAAAGUGAUUGGGGCUCAAAGUAUCAACAACGUCAAUAUGUGUGCGAAAGAGAGCAUUGAAUGCAAUUCACAGGAAACAAAUGAAUUCGCACCGUUGGGGGUGUCAGUGCCAUCACCUCCGUCAUGGACUGAAGAAUUUGCGUCAGCCUCUCCCCUAUCCUCCACUGAGCUGGCGUGGCCCUCGCCGCAUUCGGAACGUGCAUCGUCUUCCAAUGUGCACGCUACAAGAAAAGCUACAUCAAAGUCGACAAUUAAAAAUUCGACAGAGACUACAAUACCAAGAAGCAGUUUAGAGGACGCGCAAUAUGAACUUUUAGCUGAUAUUUAUAAGAACUACACUUGCCUUUGGGACGAAAACGAAAUUGCCUAUAGGUUCAAAAAUAGACGCGAUGAGGCACUUAAGACGUUGCAUUUGGAAGUUAAUGAAAGAGCUGGUUUGGAUCUCACUAAACAUGAAAUGGAAUAUGAAAUUACACGACUACGAAGAUUUUGUUCCGUUGAAAAGAAAAAAAAAGUAUUAUGCAAGCGAAAACAACAAAGAUAUCAACCAACAUGCUCGUUUCACAAAAGCAUUGUAUACCUCGAGGUCGAUGUUCCCCCGUUUGAGUGCUCGGAGUGUGGAAAAUUACUGCCAGGUUUAGGUCAGUACAAAGUACAUUUGGCAUCUCAUGACGGUUCGCUACCAUUUAAAUGUCAUCUCUGUGGGCAUGGCUUCCAGCUGGUAUCGAAUUUAACGGUCCAUUUGCGAAGACACGUACACGACUAUAUAUACAAAUGCGAGAUAUGUGAUAAGCCCUGCGCCACAUCAACAGAAAUUAAGAUCCACAUGCGUUCGCACACAGGCGAAAAGCCAUUUAUUUGUUCUAUUUGUGGUCAGGGAUCUCGAACGUCUUCGCACCUUUUAGUACAUAUGUUGCGCCAUCAAAAACGACCGCGCUACCAAUGCAAACUUUGCCCAAAAAUGUUCUAUGAAACUGGAACGUUACACGAGCACAUGGCCGUUCAUAGGAAUAUACGAGACCAAAUAUGCAGCGUAUGUAACAAGGGCUUUACAAGUGGUAAGCAAUUGCGACAGCAUCAGCUUAUCCACAACGCUGAAAAGAAAUAUUCAUGUAAACUUUGUGGAAAACGUUUUGCCCAAUUUGCAGGCCUUAGUGGGCAUAUGAAGUCACACGGUACCAAAUUAGCAACGACCGUCCGCGGAAGUAACUUUUUUAAUUCAGAAUAAAUCAAUUUUCGUUUUCAUUAAAAUUAAAAUAAAAUCAUGUAUGCAUGUAAGUGACUUCAACCGAACUAAACUUAAUAAAAAUGAAAUCAGAAUAAUGUUUAAACAUGUAAUUUUUCAAGAGCUUAUUCGAUGUAAGGCGAAUGUGCAAAGCAUGGAUAACUAUGGUGCAAACACCAGCGCUAGUUUCAGGAACAGCUGAACCAAUCUCCUGUUAGUAGAUACAAAAGACAAUUGGGAAGUUCUCGUAUUUUUCCAAUCGAAAACAUCCAGAAGCAAAAUGUUUCAGAAUUUGAUAGUAUGUAUUUGCUCUCAGAAAAAAAUCCUCCAAAGUGUAACGACGCAAAAUUCGAAACUUACCAGCUUUAGUAACAGUUAAUAGGAAUUUUGUUUA